AUGUGGGCCUGGCGGUGGGCGCUGGCACUGCUGGCGCUGGUGGCCUUGUCCCCAGGGCCAUCAGGGGCCGAGGAGGGCCUGGACUUCCCCACAUACGAUGGCGUGGACCGUGUGGUGGCCGUCACCAGCAAGAACUACAAGGCGAUGCUGAAGCGCUACCCGGUGCUCGCCCUGCUCUACCACGAGCCCGUGGGCAGCGACCGGGCGGCCCAGCGGCACUUUGAGAUGGAGGAGCUCAUCCUGGAGGUACCCUGGGGACAGGGACACGCUGGGGAUGGGGACACGCGGGGCAGGGGGACACAUGGUGUGGAGGAGCGGGGGCUGACGGAGGAGGAGAGCAUCUACGUGUUCAAGGAGGAUGAGGUGAUCGAGUAUGACGGGGAGCUGGCAGCUGACACGCUUGUUGAGUUCCUGCUGGAUGUGCUAGAGGACCCUGUGGAGUUCAUUGAGGGUGACCACGAGCUCCAGGCCUUCGAGAACAUCGAGGACGAGCCCAAACUCAUUGGCUACUUCAAGAACGAGGACUCAGAGCACUUCAAGGCCUUUGAGGAGGCAGCUGAGGAAUUCCACCCCUACAUCCCCUUCUUUGCCACCUUCGAUCACAAGGUGGCCAAGAAAUUGACGCUGAAGCUCAAUGAGAUCGACUUCUAUGAGCCCUUCAUGGAGGAGCCAGUCACCAUCCCCGACAAGCCCAACAGCAAGGAGGAGAUCGUGGAGUUUGUGGAGGAGCACAAGAGGAAGAACCCCAGGUACCAGCACAGACUAGGGGUUGACCUGCUGGAAAGCAGCUCCGCAGAGAGCGACUUGGGAGUCCUGGUAGACACCAAGUUCCCCAUGAGGCAGCAGGGUGCCCUUGUGGCCCAGAAGGAGGACGACAUUGACGGGAUCCACAUCGUGGCCUUCGCUGAGGAGGAUGAUCCGGAUGGGUUCGAGUUCCUGGAGAUCCUCAAGGACGUGGCCCAGGACAACACGGACAACCCAGACCUCAGCAUCAUCUGGAUCGACCCUGAGGACUUCCCACUGCUCGUCCCCUACUGGGAGAAAACCUUCAACAUCGACCUGUCCCGGCCCCAGAUCGGAGUGGUCAACGUCACCGACGCCGACAGCGUGUGGCUGGAGAUGGCGGACGAGGACGACCUGCCCAGCACGGCCGAGCUGGAGGAGUGGAUCGAGGACGUGCUGGAGGGCGAGAUCAACACCGAGGACGAUGACGACGACGACGAUGACGACGACGACGAUGAUGACGACUAG